UAGCCGCACAACCCUUCCUUUCCUUCGUUUUCUUUGAUUUCUGUCUGGAAAACCAACGAAAAAGAAAAGGAAGAAAACAUAGGAAAUCCAUUUGAUCUCCCUCGUCUCUCUCAAUCUUUUAAUCCUUCCUUAUCUCGAUCAGCCCUUGUUCUUCCCUAUUGCCGAUCUGCGCUCUCCUCUCUCUCUUUCUGGUAAUGACGAGAAGAGAGGAAGAAAUUGGAGACGACGGUGAUGGCGAGAAAUGCCGGCGAUUGACAACGGCGACGAUGAUGGCAGUCACAACGAAGCUAUCGGCAGAGAGGGAAGAUGGAGGAGCAAGGGAAUAGAGGUCGGGCAGCGACUUACGGUGAUUGAGCAGCGAGGGCGGCCGAUGCCAACGACGAUGGUGACAGGGGACAAAACUAGGUUUUGUAUUUUCUGGUUAAGUUUUGAACAUGAUGGGAUGGAGAAGGUCGCCGCCGCCAGUCCCGGAUCGCGCCGACGGCGAUGCCAACGUGGAAAAGGGAUUUGACUAUUUCGGUAAGAUUUCGGUGGUGUUUUUGGUAGUUUGAAUCUGAAAAGUCGUGUGACAAUGGUUUGUUUUGGGAUUACGGUUCUAAAACCGAGAUUUGAUGCUUGAUUGCAGAUUGAGGGUGUAAUUGUGGAUGUUCAAUGUGGGUUGAUUUUUGAAAAUUGUGUUGUGUGUUUUGAAAUUUGAUGUUUGGGGGGUACCUGUAUGUUGUUCGAUUUGGGCGAGGGAAAAGAUAGUUGGCUGGAGUGGAGAAAUGGCAACCACCGCCAGCCAUAGUCACCGGCGGCAGUGGUAGCGAAAAACAGAGAGGUCUGGUUUUCUUUUUAGAAAGGUUUAACAUAGAUAGAUAGAUGUGAAUGAUUGUGAAUGGUGAUGAUUAGAUAUGACAAUAGUUGGGUUUGUGUGACUACCAACCUUGGUUGUUCGACGGUUGGAGAUGAUUCUGUCUCUUUUCGGAUUUCUUGCUGCUGCCUUUUGCUUCUUUUUUUCCUUGUGUAUGUUUUCUCGUGUGGUUUGUGCGUGGCUAAAAGAAGGAAUAAGAAAGGAGAGAAAGUGGGAUUUUUGCAGAGUUUUAUUCUCUCUUUUUUGCUCUGUUUUCUAAUCGGAUUAGGAGGGGAGGUCUUCACACUUUGCGUUGUCUGUUUUGGCGUGGGGAAGAAGAAGCCGUCUCUGUUUCUUUGUGAGGAAGGGAAAGUAACUGGGAAGUUUUGCAGAGUUCCCCUGCUGUGUUUUUGGAUUAGAAAAGGAGGAAGUGGAGAGAAGAUUUUGUUUUCAGAGGGAAGCAAAGUGGAAACCAAAAGAGAAGAAGAAGAAGAAGAAGAGAGGGAGUCUUCCCCGGGGAGAAGAAGCUGUCCCCCCUUCUUGCGAGAGCCCAAAGGGUUCUUUUAUAGGAAAAAGUCAGCUUGGGGAACAAGUUUUUUAUUGUACCGAUUUUGGAUCGGACCAGUAUGGGUUUGGUAAGACCUGAUUGGGUUGACCGACUUGACUUUUGUUGAAGGAAUUGACUAAAAGUUGACUUUGAUUUUGAUUCUUGAUUUGAGCCUACAUUUACUUUAUUGUUGUAUUUUGUUUGUAAAUUUAAUGUAAGAAUUAUUACGAAUUAUUAUGGAAUAGCAUUGUGAUUGCAAUUUUUAUUUAUGUUUGAUUUAAUUCUAAUUUAUUUUAAUAAGAUACUUAUUUAUUUUUCUUAAUUUGACUCUUCUAUUGAUUCCCAAGGUACAAUUCUCACCAAAUCCAAAGUCUUAAGAACCAUCCGAAGAUCAACUCACACAACAGUUAAAUUGUCUAAUUCGUCAAGCCAAAGCAAAACAUGUCAACUCUCUCUAUCAAAUCAUAUUGAUCAAGAUUUUUUAUUGCUGAAUCUCAUCACACGAGCCAUCUCAAGUAUUAUCAAUAUGUUUUAGCUUGAAGAUCAUUUAAGAUUCGCUAUUGCAAACCUUCAAUAAAAUCUAAAUUUUGUUUAAUUAAAUUUGUUUUAACCCGGACAAAAAGUAGUGUUUACAGCUAGGUUAGUGGUUAGCUUCGGUUGGUUAGUUUAGUUUUAUUAAUAACUAUCCUAGGUUGGCUAGAUCCCCAUGGUAUAAUAAAUCAUUAUAGCUUGCUUGCCCUAUGCUACACCCGGUCGCCGAUUAUGCUUGGCCGUCGAUCGGGAUGUUGUAGUUGGAAUGAGUCAUCUGUCGGGCACUUUUUACAGUCGAUUGUCACACCCGUGAAUUUGGAAGUCUGCUCAUGAUCUCAUCCCAAAACGUGUUGUUUCAUCAAUAGACUUCACGGUUGGGUGGAAAUUGUCACAGUUUGGUGACCGUGAGUCCGUGACAACUGACUUGCCCGCGAGACAUGCAAAGUCUCCUGAAAUAUAUCCAUCUUCAUGGCCUAGGCCCCAUCUUCAUGGUCGACUAACUCUUAUAAUUGCUCCUUGGGUGUGAUCUCUGCCUGUUUGUCCAUUUCGCUCAAUUUUCACUCUCUUUCAUUUGACUUCUGCUCUAAGACUCGAAACAUGCUAAAAACACACAAACCUAGUGUAAAAUUGAACCCCGGGCGAUGUAAACACCACAAUAAAACUGGCUAAAAACA